AUGACACAGAACAUGUUCCAGGAGGGGUUGUACCAGGUGUUUUUUAAGGAGACACCUUCAACCCGCCCACCGACCCAGGUUACCAAUCCCAGCGAGCUAAUCAAUGGCAGGAUUCAUCGUUGGUUUGGGACUGUGGUGAAUACCAGACUAUUAGUCACAGGGGUGGUGCAGAUCCUCAGUGCCUUAGCUUGCAUACUAGCCACAGUCACCCAUGCAUGUGUGAGCUACAACUGCUCUGUCUCCAUGACAACACCUGUGUGGUCAAGCCUAUUUUAUGUGGCUGCUGGGUGUCUGGCAAUGGAGGUUCAGAGGAAAGCUAAUAAAUUAAAGAUCAUCGCUCUGAUGGGCUUGAACCUCUUUAGUCUGCUGUUUGGCUUCUCUGCUCUCCUGGCCAACAGCCUCAUGUCUACACAUCCUGUCGCACUCAACACAAACCAACAGCGUAUUGGUUCAUAUGUUGCAAAGGGGAGCUCCAUAGCAUUUACUGUACAGUGCUUUCUGGCGUCAGUCUACAUACUGUUCCUGUCAUUGAGAGGCCUGCAUCGCUACAGUCCUCCCCAUAUGAAGGCCUACAUCCGCAUCUCACAGGUCAAUAUUGUAGGGGGGAUCCAGAUGAAAGCAACGGGCCUCUACUGGAACAAGAGGAAUUCAAUCUGUAAACUCAAAGACCUGAAACGACACACUCCUGAUCCCCUGUGCACCAGCCCGGGGACCCUGGUGUGA